GUUUUCUCAAGGCGCCUGGUUCAACUGUGACCUCGAAGCUCAAGGUAGUUCACUGGGCUUCACUUUUACCCGUCCUGUUUUUCUGCCGUGCAGACUACUUUUUCUGAGUCAAAAAGCUGACGACAUCAGUUGCUGAUCGGAUAUCCGUUGGUUGAGCACAACUUAGUUUAUACAAAGUCGACUAUCUUAAGGUUAGAUUCAUUUGAAUAAUAUUGUUUAGAUCACUUUCUAAUGAAUAAUCCAAUUGAACAGUGCGAAUCUGUUGCAAUUAAUGACACGUCUACCUUGCGAAACACCGUCAAAGAUUUAUGUCACAGGCUAGAGAAAAACCCUUUCGAUUAUAAUGCACACGUACAACUCAUCGAGUGUCUACGAAAAAUAGGCGAUUUCAAGAGACUCAAAACUUCGCGUGAGCGUAUGCACGAAACCUAUCCACUUACUCCAGCACUGUGGCUUCAAUGGAUCGAGGAUGAGCUUAAUAAUGCUUCUACACUUGAAGAAAAGCGACGAGUGGAAAUUCUUUUUAAACGUGCGAUUGAUGAUUAUGAAGAUAUCAAUGUAUGGUUGGAAUACUGUCACUUCGCAAUCUCUACUUCGGAUUUUAGUUCUGCGGAUAGUAUAAAGCAAGCGGAAGUCAUUUUUGAAUCUGCUUUGUCACAUCAAGGACUUAAUGUUGUUGGGGGUUCGAUGCUAUGGGAGAUCUAUCGUGAAUAUCUCACUGUAGUGUGGUCUCAGCUACCACAAGAUCAUAAGGAAAUGAAACUACAACAACUGAAUAAAAUGGACCGUCUAUUUCAGCGUCAACUCAGCAUUCCACAUUUGAAUAUGGAGGAGACAUUAACUGAAUAUAAAACUUUCCUGUCUGAUAUUGGUGUAGAACUAUAUCAACCAAGGGAAAAUUCAGAUUCCUUUGUACCACAAGAAAUCAAAACGGAAUAUGAGAAAGCUUUAGAGCGUUUGGCUGUUAUUUUACCAUUUGAGGAAUCCAUAGAAGAAUCUACUGACAAGUCAGAAGCGGAAUCUGUUUCCAGUUGGAAUACGUAUAUUGAUUGGGCGGUUCAUUGUGCGAAACGAAAAAAGCCUAAAACAUCUAAAAAUACUGAUAGUAAGAAUAAUGAGAACAUUUCUAACAAUUUUGUUGUAUCACCUAAUGAGUUAUGCUGUCUUUUCGAGCGUGCUAUUACAGCACAUUGUUUAGAUACAUCUUUUUGGAUACGUUAUGCAGACUAUGUGGAAUCUCAGCUAGAAACGGAUGUUCUGCGUUUGCAAAAGUUAUUGUCUCGAUCAGUUCGUAAUUGUCCUUGGUGUGUCGAGUUAUGGCAGCGUUAUGCAUUAGUCACUGAAGCUGUGAUUCUUGAAAAUAUUUCAUUCAAAUCAAAUACCAAUGGAACACAACAGGAAUCUGUUUCCAAUGAGUCUGAUCUAUUUAAAGAGGUUGAUGGUAUAUAUGAAACAGCUCUAGCAGCUGGUUUCACUAAUCCAGAUGAUGUAUUGAAAAUUUGGCGUAGUUAUUGUGAUCAUCAUUUGCGUAGACUUCUUUUAUUAGAUAAGAGUUCUUUAUCUUGGGAAUAUCGACUGUCAUUACUUCGAGCAACAUUUGGUCGAGCUAUAGAAUAUUGUUUUGAAUUAUUGCACUCUCAAUCAAAUGUUGAUUGGUCACUUUUAAAUUAUUAUGCAUUUGUUGAAGCAAAGUAUGUGGAAGAUAAAGAGCGUGCUCGUUCUCUUUGGACAAGUUUAAUAAAGUUACCUGGACAUGGGAGUCGAGCUGAAUACUGGAUACCUUAUAUUCAAUUUGAACAGACUUGGGGUGAUAUGAAAAAUUUACUUCGAAUAUGUGCUAUGGCUAUUAAUUCAAUUAAUUUUGACCAAUCAGAAUUAGUAUUUCAAGUGGUUUUACGUGCAGUUGGUGAAACUGGGGUACCUGUUAAACAAUAUAGAGAUAUUAUUACAAAAAUACAUGCACGUCGAGCUUCUUUAAUGGAGUCUGUUAAAGAUGUUCAGUCGACAAAGUCAGAUACUGAGAUACCAGUUAAAUUAAUGGAAACCAAUUUAUCUGGUUCAAGAAAACGAAAACUACCUGAUCAUCAAAAUGAUGCUGCCACGUUAAAAUCAGCCAAAGUAUCAAAACCUAAUCCUACUUCUCAUGGGACAUUUGUUCCACACGAUCCAUCGAAAAAUGAGUUUACUGUAUUUGUAAGUAAUCUUGAUUAUUCAGUCAGUGAGGAACAAAUUCGGCAUACUUUUGAAAAGUGUGGAAAUGUGACAUCUGUUCGUCUUGUACGUGAUUACGCUGGUCGGUCGAAGGGAUUCGCCUAUGUUGAAUUCGAAAAUAAAGAGUCUGUGAAAAAUGCACUUACACUGGAUAGACAAGGAAUUACACGUCCGACCUCAGAAAGUGUGCCAUGUGACCCUGAUAGCCAAAAACAAAAAGAAGAGGAUAAUGCAACAAUUCCAAAACCACCUAAUUGUUAUGAUCGUCCAAUGUUUGUAUCGAUAUGUGAUCCAAGCAGACUUAAAUCAUGUGGAUUUAAAUAUACGGUUGGCAAAAAAGAACCUGAAAAGUUAUUUGUGCGAAAUUUAGAUAAAGCUGUAAAAAAUGAAGAUUUGGAAAAGUUAUUCAAGCAGUAUGGAAAUAUUGUGAGUAUUCGUCUAGCAACAUAUCGUAACGGUGUCCCAAAAGGUCAUGCCUACAUUGAAUUCACGAAUGCAGAUGAUGCCAGUAAAGCGUUAGUUGCCACAAAUGGCUUAGAAUUCAGAAAUAAAAUAUUGUCAGUAUCUAUUAGUGAACCACCUGUACGUGAUGGAAGUGGUCCGCAAGGCUGUAAAUCAAUUACAUCAGAAGAAAAAAAAGUGUUCAAAACCCCCCAAAUUAUUAAUUUGAGUGGUUCUCAUCCCGUCGGAACUAGUGUACGGAAAUCACGAACGCAGUUAGAAUUUUUGCCUCGUGCAGUUCAUCGAACACGUGAAAUUCAAGAUCAAGUGUCAGAAAGUAAGAUGGAUACUGGAACUAUCGACCCUCAAUCAUCCACCGUUACUGGUAGUAAGGAUAAUGAGUACUUUCGAAGACUAUUGAAGUGACGCACGACCUAACUUUUCUCUUGUAAAUUAUUGAAUAUCAAUUUUUAUAAUAAACCCUAUGGUCAGUUUAUUAGCAUCGGUAUCCCAAAACCCAGUUCUUUCUAAGCUUCUUGUUAGCUAAACUUUCUGGUUAGUGCUUUCCUAACCUUCCUAAUAUACUUGAUCAACUGAAAAUACGGAUGAGAUUUCUUAUCGGUUAAAAAUGUGUGUAAUGCGAAAUGUGUAAUUUGACUGUUAAUCAUAAGGAUGUAACACACUGUAAUUAUAAAUUGUAAGCUUGUUCCAUUUUAACGGGUGCUUGAUCAUAAGCUAAUGCUCAAAAUAUAAGGUACAAGUUCUCCUAACGUGUCACAGACGCAUGACAUUUAGACCACAGUACUCAGCCAAGCAUCAAACAGAAUUUGGACUUCAAUCGUCGUUGAAGGCAGUUGGAACGUGAAGUGAUGUUUUGUUGUUUACUGCCUCAAGGAAUCUUAUGUGGCGACUGAGAGCGUUGCUAACAUGUAGUUUUCUAAUGACUAAGCUUUGGCUUCGAUCAGAAUGCUUGGUUAAAACAAGGACGAUAUUCAAAGAUAUCGUUACAACGAAAGCUCCUACUUUUUUCACAUGCUUUUGCUGGAAAUUACCUGAACUGUACUAGACAUCUUACGCUAAUUGAAAUAUCCUUGUUGGCUAAGUUUUUCUAACAUUAUCAUCGUCGUUAAUCUCCCAGGAAUUCGUAUUUCCGUUUUUAAACUACAACAGUUUACUCAACAUAGUCUGUUCUUCCCUAGGAUUCUUCCAUUUAGAAACACUCGUGUGGACUGUGAAGAUCCUGUAUACUGAGAUUAAAUAGGCGUGAAUUUUGCAUUUUGUGAUAAUUUCUUUCGCACAUAUCAUUCCAUCAAGUGCACAACCACGUUAGCUGAACCCGAUACACCGAGAAAAAGCUUCCAUUGGUUAGUUCCUACAGAACUGGUCAACUUGCUCUAAUCCACGAUCUGUUUCAAUUUCCUCAAACAGUGCUUCUACAUUAACGUAAGGAGACUUUGGAUGAAAGUAGGAGAACUCAGGAAAAUUUGUUUUCUUAUGCUAACGAGAACGUGGCUUUCGUUUGAAGUCGAGUGACUUUUUCAUGUCUGACAAGGAGAAAGAGCGGCGAUUUGUGUAUGAGGUUAUUUCGGCUUCACUAUGUCAUUCGAUGAAACUUAUAGAAAAUUCUCUUAUUUGUUGUUUCCCUUUACAUGUAUCGCUUCCCCUGUUACCCUCUAUAUUCAACUACAUGUUCAUUUUUUGUUUCGCUUGUGGUUAUUAUGAUCAUGUCGAUUGUAAUUUUUGAAUGGCUAUCAGCUCCCUGAUAUCCUUGUGGUUUCGUGUUUUUUAACUUAACAUUUCGAUUUUUGGAGGAUGCCAUAAUGGAUGGCCUUAUUACAGGAUAAUCUUGUUUAAGUUGGUUCAUUAAAUCUAUCCCUAAAGGAUAGAGACAUAAUCUCAUUUAUUAUAUGAUCAUUAAUUUGUGGAUUGAAUGCUUACCAUUGGGGGCGAUUUGAUUCGUUAUUUUUUGGAUAGAGCACUAUUACUGGAUUAUUGGGAACCCUUUUAUGUAGUUAGCAACUGAUUAUACAAUCUGUCGCUGAAUUUGACGUUCUUAUCAGUUGGCCAAAAUUUUAUUCUGGCCCAAUUUUGGUUUUUAUAUGUAUUCUUGUUCUUAGCACAUUUAAACUUUUCUACCUACUUACUACGUUACUAUGUACUAACUGUUUCACCCUAUCGCCUUUUAGUAACGUUAAAAUACAGCGCAUUAUAGAAUCAUCUCGGUACAGAUCUAUUAAACCUCAUUGGGUUUAGGAUUUCACAAGGAGUUCUUUUCUCUUCUCAGUAGCACAAAUGAUCAUUUAUACCUCAGUCUACCUAUAUGUGUUAGUACAAUUAGUGUAUCGUUCAUCUAACUAUGAAGACAAUAGUCUCUUAAAUCGGAAUAUCGACCUAAUUUCAAGCCAAUCAUCUACCAAAGGAUCGGGAGGUCAGAACUAGUAUAUGACACGCCACAGCUGUUGCCAAUGAAGAUGCAUAUUUACCCGGACUUAGUCGUGCGGCUAGCUACAAUACGUUUGAAGAUACUGGGGGUCGUAUCUCACUUGUAGUAUCAGUGAGAAACAAUCGGACUAUCCGAAGGUAUGAUUAGAAUCCCGUGUUACUAUAUAUAUUCAAGUUAUAAAACAGUAAGUGCUGUGAUAAAGGGUAGUGCUGUAAGUAGUUUCAGUUUUCGGACUUCUUAGAAAACUAGAGUAGCGUUCACUUAUGAUGUGAAACAAAACAGAUUGAUGGGGCGUGAAUUUGCGACUCUUCGUGUUUCCCUCUGAAUUCAUACCUUGUUGAAAUUUAAAUACGGUUAUCAGGAUGAUUAAUAAACUGAGUCUAAGGAAUAACGUGGAAGCCAAAGCACUACAGGACUGCUUCACUCACUUUAGAAAAAUAAACAACUGGUAUUGUCAAUCACAAGUCAAACGACAUCUAGAAUAGUAAUGAUAAAUUACAUAUAAUAUUAAACAAUAUGGUCAAUAAAAUCGGAUAAAUUAAACCAUUGAUUGAUCAACAGUCAAUACGUUUAUGCAUAUAACUUACAAAAACGACAGAUUAUGUGACUUGAUAAGGAAGUGCAUUUGGGAUACAAUCGGCUGGAGAGUAACGUAGUAGUUUCCAAGGUCGUCUAGUCAUCGCGUGCAAAGCAGAACUCUGUUGUGAAGCGUUUCUUCACACAGCUCGCUCAUGAAGAAACGUUCAGGAACGUGGAUAUGGUAAGGAGGUGGUUGACGCACCGGCGUAGGUCCUCUCUGUUCAACUGAUAGCUGUAUCUGCGUCAUUACGAUUUCUUUAUUUUAGUUCGAACUCAUAUCCGGUAGCUGUGUAAGUGUCAAUCAAAGAAUUUGUAAGUAUCGGUCUGGAUUAUCGGGCAGAGUAAGGAGAAGUAAUUUGAAGAUAAAUUGGCUCUUUCUGUAUUGCGUUCGGAGACCAUAUUCAUCUAACAAUGAUACCAUAAUAUUGUUCCUUAGUAUUCUAUCCACUUCGUUAGGGGGACAUAGAUUAAAUCAAAGCAUAUUUCAUGAACGAUUGGUGAAUUUUUAACCAAUCAGCGCUGGUCGAUACUUGGAAAAGACUACAAUUUCCUCACACAAAAACUAUAAAUAUACUAACGUUUUGUGCUCCUUACUUCCACCUUACCUUGUCAUUUGGAAUAUAAUUUCCUUCCUGUUCAACCGUGUUCUGAUUCAGGGACUUGCCGAGUGCAUUGGUGUCCAAGGAUAUUAAGCAAUAGGAAUAGCCGGGUCGUAAUAAGAGAAUUACAACAGGGUUAUUAAACGAAUGUUAUUUACUUCGUGUAAUAACUUAUCCACUUCGAAAGUAAUUGCGUUGAGUUAAGGCGAGCUCUACUCGUCAUCUACCGCAUCAUUUCUCUGAAGUUCGCUCGUGAAACCGAUCGAUUAAUGCUGAAUGAUAUUGGGGGCUGAAUUUUACUUCUGGAGUACGCUGCUCGAAACUAUCAAAAUCGAUAAAUGUCCAGUCUCUUCUGUCAUAGUAAACAUUCGACCAUUUACAGGAUACAAAUUGCGUUUCCUCUAUCCAGCCAUCUCUACACGUGAUUCCGUUGGAAACAAUCCUCACCAAUUCCUAUAAUACGAUCAAAAUCAAACAAGAAAUCACUGUAGCCAUGAACCGAAGGCAUAGAUCAAGGACAUCACCGACUGCUGUACAAAACCUAGCUUUUGUCAACAGCAAGGAGCAUAGGGUGGCUGUUAGAAAAAUAUAUCAACUACAUGGCUCCCAAAAGGCUGAAAAUCAAAGCUGAAUGUAUCAGAAAAUGCACAGAAUGGGUGCGAUUGUUACACCGGUGUGGUGAUCAGAAUGUGGCCAAAUGUCCACCUCAUCAAUUUAGAGCAACUUUGAAUACAGUACAUGUUACGGAACAAACCUCAUUAUCUUACUAGCGGUCAUCGAUUAGGCGUUCAUCUCAAAUUCAAGUUAGACGUAACGAGCGUUAAGAUGUAAAACGUGCCACUAUAAUAUCACCAACAAAAGCGCAUGAUGGUCUGUGGAGUAUUCGAACUGUAACGUACUAGUCUGGACGAAGCUCUCGGACACUAUGUGUUAAAAUGACGUUAGUUAUCACGUAACAUAAACCUUCAUACUACUGUGAAAAUAAGCGUGUCACAAAAUCCUCGUUCAUUAUACCUUCGUAACUAUGGGUGUCCAUCUUCUUGUCGAUAGAAGAAAUCAGAUAAGUGAUCGAAUAAGACUUUAUUCAGAUCAUGGAACAUAAGAGUUGGAGCUCGAAGUUGUCCUUUUCAAGCUCAAGGUUUUCAACAAUCAAUAUAAAAAUAAGGUAAAUAUAAUGCUACACAAAAUGAUAAAUAAACGAAUACAUGGGUCAUAAUAGUUUGCCGCUACUAAGGUGUUAGCGGCUAACUCCUUACCAAUCAAUCUAAGUUGUCAAAAUACCUCACAACAGUUGAUUCUCCGAGCCUGAUGACUAUAAAUUCCAGAAGUUGAGAGAAUUUAACUAAAGCUCUUCAGGCUCGAUUCCUAGUGAAGACUGUCUUUUUCAGCCUUAUAGGCUGUAAAUGAGAACUGGAUUAGCAUUUGACGGCGAAGAAGCCAAAUAUUGCAUACCCUAAUGUCCAUCUACCUCGAUCAACAAAACACGGUAUAUGACAUAUAGAGGGGCAGAAAUUGUAAUUUCUGUGAUAAUUGUACAUUUGGGCAACGCCAAGGAGUAUUAUGUUUUUGGAAAAACUUCGAAAUUAGACUGAUUGUUCAUAAAUUAUCCGAUUCUGAUCAAGAUUUAUCAUACUUAAGGAUCGACAGGCAGCACUGGUUAGGUAACGGUCAUUUCCAAACCGUCACAAAUGAGAUAUAUCCAGAACCAAACGAUAAGUUGGCAGCUUAUUUUAUGAGCCUCACACCCAUAAGAGUGGUAAACACUUGUAGCUGUAUCGUUUUUUAACCAAACGACCUUGUAAGCUG